AUGGGUCUACCGCAGCUUGAAAGCUGUUGCUUCUUUUUUGAUUUAAAAACUGGCAACAUAGUAAUGGGAUGUUUGAACGCGCUACUUUCCUUCAUCCUGUUCGUAAUCAUGAUAGUGCUGGCGAGUACGAUAGAGCCCAUUAAGUAUGAAGCAGAACAAGAGCGGGAUUUGAACGCGGAGGCUGCCUUGACUGGCCUUUACGUCAUGUCUAUUAUCUUAGUACUCAUGUUCUUCGUCAAGUUCAUAUUUGACAUGGUCUUUGUGUAUGGAGUUGUUGCGAUAUCUUACCGUCCCAAUGCCCAUCAAAGCCACAAUAUUGCUAAUGGCAGACAAUGUGGAGAACAUGACCAGCGUCAUGGAUAUGAGAUUGUCCUCCUGCUCGCGCUCCCUGUGACGCGGGAGACUCCACGACCCGCCUAUGAUAGAUGCUACGCA